AAUAAUUUUAAAAAUAUAAUCAAUAAAAAACAUAUAAUUGUUAAACUAAUGAGCUAUCACACCACUAAUUUAAAAAAUAAAAAAUAAAAUAGUAAUCAUGAAGGGCGCAUGGGGAAGUCUGACGCCCGACGCCGUCCACCUGUCCCCACUCCGACGGCGAAGGUUACCUCCGGUCCCACCUCCCUCUCUCUUUCGCACUCAACGUCACUGAGAGUGCCCAAUCAAGGGCGACGACCCCAAAAUUUUGCCCGCCGACCACGGCUGAUGUAAUUGUUCGAAACCUGUGGGAUCAAAACAGAAAUACCGUAAAAUAAAUUAGUAAUAAAUGGAGGGCUUAUAUUUACAAGACUGGACUUUCCGAAGAGACCCACAGUCGCCCCUUCGUUUCAUUUUUGUCCUCUUCUCAGCUCUCACUCACACCUCCCUUCACGUGACCUCCUUCAUCUCUUCCCCCCGCUUUCUCUCUGCGAACCCCCAAAGACCUAGCUGCGCACAGUACCACACAGCAGCAGAUGAGCUUUUCAGAUCUAACGCCAUAUCCAUCUCUCUUUUGGAUUUGAUGCGUACUCCUACUAUUACAGUACUACUGCAAUUUCUCUUCUAGCUCAUCCAUGUCCUUCCUUUCCCAACAUCACCUUCUCUUCUUCGCUUUCGCUUUCGCUUCCCUUGCUCUGUUUCAUUUCCCCACGCUCGCUCGCCCCACAUGUUCCUCGCCGCCGGCGAACGUGUCCUCGUGUCCGCCGUUCACCUCCGCCGCGCCGCCCUUCCCCUUCGCUGCCUCUCCUGGCUGCGGCCACCCCUCCUUCCAGGUGCGCUGCGCCUCCCCCCACUCUGUUAUCUCCAUUAACGGCCUCUCUUUCUCUCUCGUCGAAUACCAGUCUAACUCCACCACUCUGACUCUCUCUCCUCGACCCUCAACUACGCCGGCGUCUCACCGAAACUGCUCUUCCUUCGGUUAUAACUUCAUUCCCGGUCGACCCAUCAGUCUUUCCGGCUCGCCGUUUCGUAUCUCCGAAUCUUCCUGUUCACGGCUCUCUGUUCUUCGGCCUUGCUCGCCGCCGAAUCUUCCCAACUGCAGCCAUUGUCCUUGGGAAUGCAAGCUUAUUAAAAGCCCAGUUCGGCUGCUGCAGGACUGCGGAUCUACCACGAACCGAGCCGUCGCAGAACAGGGGUGCCGCAGCGACGUGUUGGAUUACUUGGAUGGUAUACUGAAAUUGGGAAUCCAAAUCGAGUGGAGUGAUCAGGAUAGUUACUAUUCCAAUUGCAGCGAUUGCCAGGGCAAGAAUGGUGUCUGCGGGUUCAAUUCGUCGGACCCAGAGAAGCCAUUCCUGUGUUUCCAAUCUCGAACUCGCUUCUCGCCGCCUUGGGUACACCAAGACGACUCGAGUCGAAUCGCCAUUUUGUGUUCUGUCUUCGUGUUUACUUGCGUAGUUUUUGUAGCUGUGGUCGUUUUAGUCAUUUUUCGUUCACUGCGGCUGAAAUCGUUGGUCGGAGGAGAAGACCCAACCGUUCUCUUCCUUCACCGUCACCGUUCGGCCAACCUCCUCCCCCCUGUUUUCACCUACGAAGAGCUCGAUUCUUCGACCAACCAUUUCGACCCAAAACGCAAAAUCGGUGACGGUGGGUUCGGGUCCGUUUACUUGGGUCAGCUGUUCGACGGGCGUAUAGUGGCCGUGAAACACCUCCAUCGGCAGAACGCAUCCGCCGCCGGUGGCAGAACCUUCUUCACUAAAUCGUUCUGUAAUGAGAUCCUGAUUCUGUCGUCAAUCGAUCACCCGAACCUCGUAAAGCUCCACGGGUACUGUAGCGAUCCGAGAGGCCUUCUCCUCGUCUACGAUUACGUCCCCAACGGAACCCUCGCCGACCACCUUCAUGGCGGGAAGAGCUUGUGCGGAAAAGGGGCUUUAACCUGGCAGGUGAGAGUGGACAUCGCGUUACAGACGGCGAUGGCCAUGGAGUACCUCCACUUCUCCGUCGAACCGGCGAUUGUUCACAGAGACAUAACGUCCUCCAACAUUUUUUUGGAGAGGGACAUGAGAAUCAAAGUGGGGGAUUUUGGGCUCUCGAGGCUUCUGAUUUUCCCGGAAACGACGUCAUCGUCUUCGUCGACCCAGUACGUGUGGACGGGGCCCCAGGGGACUCCCGGGUACUUGGAUCCGGAGUACCACCGGUCCUUCCGUCUGACCGAGAAGAGCGACGUGUACAGCUUCGGCGUGGUGUUGAUGGAGCUAAUAUCGGGGAAGAAGGCGGUGGACCAGAACCGUGACCGGGGGGAGAUGACGCUGGUGGAUCUGGUGGUGUCGCGGAUCCACAUGGGGUUGCUCCGGCAGGUGCUGGACCCGAUUCUGGCGGCGGACGGGGAGGCGAUGCAGGGCGUAGGGGCGGUGGCGGAGCUGGCGUUCCGGUGCGUGGCGGCGGACAAGGACGACCGGCCGGACGCGAGGGAAGUGGUGACGGAGCUGAAACGGGUGCGGAACCGGACCCGUGGGGUCCGGGUGGGGAAUCAGAAUAAUGAGGAUGGGGCCCGGGUAUGAGAAGUGGGCCACACGUGGGACGCUGGUUGUUGCCUUAUUGGUGAGAUGGAUUGCACAUGUGGUGUGGGGUGUUUGACCAGCCUUGGAUGAAGAUUUUUGCUGUUGCUGAUGUGUACGCAGUUGGAGCUUUGAUCAGGUGUCGACGUGUCCUCUGACAAUGUCCCGUUUUUUCAUAUCUAAAGACUUUUGUUGAACCAAUCGCAUCCCUCCUUUUACCUUCCCGCUGAGGAAUUGUUCGGCUACAAAUUCACACGAUCUGACAUUAAUUGUACAACGUUGAUCGUAGGGCUGGGCAUGUUUGAAUUUGUGGGACCUUUUCUAUGUGUAAAUUACACAAGUUCAAUAAAUUAAAGUGGAUAAUAUUUUGUCCAAA